UCUGCGUCGCUACCAACACACGCAAGCUUCGAUUUUACAGACAAAAGAUACGAUGCAUGCCCAUACACGUUUCGCAACGAAGUGUUGGUGCAAAAAACACUGGCGUCGCUCGGCGCUGCUGCUGCUGCUGCUGCUCGAGCCAGCUCAACUCUCUCGCAGUAAUACAGCAUAUAGCUAGUCUUGUGCACGAUCUUGCAUCGGUGCAUUCGCGCCAGCGUUACAGUACAUAGUGGCGGAUGUCAUAUCUCUGGCACUGCUCGCGUUGUGUAUAUAUAUAAUAAUGUGACUAAUGUGAACGCAGAACGAAAAUACACCGCGCGCGUCUUUCGCGCUAUAUACAUCGUCUCUGCGUCUGUGCUCUGCAGGACCGAGUCUGUAUAUAUAUCUGUGCGCGAGUGCAUCUAUUUGCCUUUUAUCAGUGUCGAGUUGCAAGUUGCAUUGACGCUCCGAGUGCCGUGACAUAUUAUUAAAGCUCUCGGGAAAACAGCAGCAGCAGAUAGCUCUCGGUGCACUCGUACCCGAAGGGUACACAACACAGACAUCUCGAAUUCACUUUCAUCAUCGUCGUCGUUGUCGCGUAUAUAUACCUAAAAAUAUAUAGACAAACACAAGUGCAUAGGAUCGGGGAAAACUGCGUAUAUGAGAGGCAGCAGAGCAGCUGCUGCUCUGCUCUGCUCUCCAAGUGUGCGUGUGUGUUUUUUUUCAUGCCAGAGGAGGAGAUAAAUGAAUGAAAGGAACAGUGUCAGUGCGGGACAUCGUUGACGUAUUUAGCAUUGGAAGGCCACGCACCAGAGGACUGCGCGCCAAUAGCGGUCCAUCGGAUAACGGGCGCGAGACGUCACCAUGGACCAAAUGAUCGCCCUGAGCACGCAGAAUCCACUGUCACUGCUGGUUAAGUUCGGCAUGAUGGCCUGGGACAACAACACUUGCGGCGAGGACAAUUGCUCCGGCCACGGCGAGUGCCACAACGGUACCUGCCUCUGCGAGAUUCAAUUCGACGGGACGGAAUGUCACGUGCCGAAUCUGUCCUACUUCGUGGCCUUCGCCACGACCUUCUUCAUCGUGGCGUUCGUCUGCCUCGUGCAGCUCGUCAUGAGCAUCAUCGCCGAGUGGCAGCGCAUGAAGGCCCCCACCUUCCUGCGCGCCUGUCGCAUCACCAUCCAGAAGCUACUCUACUUCACGACCUUCCUCGCCACCCUGGUGAGGGGGGCUGUCUACACGGCGCCCGAGAGCUUCAACGAGGGCUGGUCCAAGGCCCUGGCAUCGGCGUUCUACGUGCUGGUGCUGAGCAGCGCCUCGCUCAUCGUCUGCUACUGGGCCGAGGCUUUCCAUUUGAGGAUGCAGACCGACAAGCCGUCAUUUCUGUCCAAGUCGUUUCUCGCCUUCGGCGUAUUCAACUUCAUCAAUUAUUCCCUACUCUUGCUAGAGUUCAUCACUUCGACUGUUUACGAUGAGGAGGAGAAGAGGAGCUUCUAUACGCACAUAUUCAAUGGCUGUUACGCAGUCCUACUCUUCAUCGUCGUCGUGUUUUUCCUCAUCUACGGAAUCGAGGUCUACUUCAAGGUUCGCGGUGGAUUCCUGAACGAUCAUCAAGUCGGCUCCAUCGUCAUGAACAAGCGCACCUCCGAGGAUCCGAACUCACCCGAGGAGGAGCCCGUCACGGCCAAGCUCUUCGAGCCCCUGCCCAGCUCGUGGUCCGAGUCGAUGCAGCAGCAGGUGAACCCGUCGCAGCUGCACCAGUCGCGCGUGGGCAUGCUGGCCCAGGCGAUCAUGCUGUUCAUCGUCGUCGGCUUUCUGUUCAGCGAGACUCUCAGCGAGUUCUGGAAGACCAAAGUACCACUGAACAGCAGAAAUGUGCACGACCUCGUCUUCCGUCUGAUCGAAGUUGGCGUGGCCUUGUGGUUCCCGUGCGCCCUGUGGAACUGCAUGAGCCCCGAACAAUCUUGGGUUCUGAAUCCCAAGCGCAUUCUGAAGAAAAUCGACUUGGACCAACCGAAGCCAAAAGAAGUCGAAUUACAAGACAAAUCUCAGCUCGAGUCGAAACUAUUGACCGACAACGCAUCCGUGAGCAGCAGAGACUGCUGGAUCUGUUACGACAACGAGAGACAGGAUGCUGGCUCGCUGAUACAACCGUGUCAAUGCAGAGGGGACGUGAGCGCGGUGCAUCAUCAUUGUCUGCGUAGAUGGCUCGUCGAGAGCUCUACGAAUCCCGACAGUCUGAAGUGCAAAGUUUGCAACACUCCGUACAACGUGGAGCACUCGAGUCGUUUGGACUGGCAGAAGAGCCUGACACCUCGACAAUUGAUUCGAAAUUUAGCCCUCGUGAUUACGAUGGGUGCAGCGGCCGCCGGCGCGUGGAUCACGAUUCAAAUUUACCAAGAUUCGCUCAUACGUACGCUCGCUGCUGCAUCGGCAACACUCGUUAUUUACGUCUGCAUCAAAUGCCUGAGUAUCAAUACAGUUGUUGCGUAUCAACGAGCUAAAAUAUCGUCCCUCAACAUCGUAAGUGCAGAAAUAAACACUAGUUCUCACGUCUCGACCAUCAGUCGCACUGUUUCUGUAGACGUAACAAAGUGAAAACUGCAUAAGGUAUAAUUAUAAAAAAAAAAACAAGUUUUUUAUAAUUAGUUUUGCUAUUUUACUUUUUGUUUUAAGCGUGAAUUUUACGAAAUUGGAAGAUUCCUUUAAAUAAAUCGAACCUUGUUCUUCGAUUACUUGAGUUUUUAUGGAACAAUCAGAACUGAUAUUUUUAUGACCAUUUGUUUUAUUUUAAUGAAAAAGUUUCAUUUACUCGGAUUAUAUUGGUGAAAAAUUAGGAGGAUUAAUAUUUUAAAGUACACGUGUAUUACUUUUAACUUUUUAUUUGUGACUGUUUACAACUACGAUGUUGUUUAAUAUUUUUGUUACUUGUGAAAAGAUAUAUCAUGAAAUGAAUGAUACAAAACGUUGAUAUUAUAACGUUCAAUGAGUUCGAAGAGCAAUUAAUUUUUAUUUUGUUGAUUAAUGUGUACAAUAUUUUUGAUCAUUUCUAAAUUAUAUGAAAAAUUUCGAGUCAAUGUGUUGAGAAUCUAAAAUUUAAGAAGAAGCCAAAUUGAUGAUUUUUCAUACUUAGAAAACUUGCUCGUACAUAAAUUAUCAUUAAUUCAUUUAUUAAAGAAAAGAAAUACAUGUUAUAUCACAUCUGAUAUUCAUGUAGAAAAACUGAAGCAAGUUAUAAAAAAAAUAUAAAAUUCAUUUUACUUAAAAAUAAUCUUACAUUAUAUGUCUAGACAUUAGAGAAUAAGAUGAAAAGCUCUGUAACUCUCAAGUUCAAAAUAUUUCAAGAUGAAAAGUAAGAUUAUCAUUGAAAUAUGAAAUAGUGGCGACUGUCUUUUCAACUCUGAUUAUUCUCUCUACAAUUCAAGCUUUUGAUAAAUUUUACAUGAAAACCUGCAUGUAUUUUUAAUUUUUCUUAAUGGAAUCAUGUCCCAUAAAUCCAUUUUGUCAUUCAUGAAUCAGAGUGUAGAAGAUGGGAGUACAUGUUUCAAUAGAUUUUCGGUUUUUCAAAUUUCUCGGAAAGUAGUAGUGCAUCUUGAAAUAUUACUGCAAUAAAAAACCGAUGUCUUUUAAUAUCGAAUACUCAGUUAGAAUAUAAUUAUUUUCUUGUAUAUAUCAUCGUAAAGGAAAGUUGAAUUAGAUUAUAACUUUGUGUUUUUUUACAUAAUAUGUUUAUUGUAUAAGUAAAUAUGAGGUAAUACUUGUGCUCAAUAUAAUUACGAUGGGUAGUUUCAUUUUAUCGUGUACGAAUAUUAGCGUUUCUGAGUUGUAAUUGCUAGUUUAGCAAUUAAUCCAAAGAUAACUUUUUCGAAAAUUUCAUUUUUUACCUUUGCUAUUUAAAAAAUGAGAUGAAUGAUUUCAAUUUUGAUGAACAAUGUGUCAGGUAGUAGCUAUUGAAAUCAAGUUUCUUACCUUCCAUACCGAUAAGUUUUAAUCGACUCUGAAUAUCCGAAAAAUAUGUAUAGUGCAAAACUUUAUUUUUAUCUGGUCAUUUUUUUACUGUUGCCUAAAUGAUUGAAGUGUCGCAACAAGUUUUAUGUUGUCCUAUCGAAUCUACAAUUCUAUAAAAUGCAACAGAUUAUGAGUGUACACGAAAAAUCGCCAAGAAAACAUAGUAAUAAGCUGUGAUAAUACAAUAUGUAUAAAUUAGACAAAAAAACUUAAAAAAUAAAUCAAUCAAUGCAUUAUUAAAAAAA